AUGAUGACAGAGAAUUUUCAAACUGAUGAAGCAAUGAGCACUGAUGCUGACUUUGCUGCUGAUGACAACAAGUAUGGAAACACAGAGAGAGGUGAUGGUUCUUUUUAUCGUCGACGUGGUUAUUUUGGCCUUCGUGGAAGAACAAUGUAUCAAAGGUUACAAAAAUUGCGACCACAAUUGCAAGUUCUAACUAAUCCAGAAUCAGCAGCCUUCGUACAAAAUUCCGCCAUAAUUUCUUCCGACAUCUGGAAGAAUCCGAAUUUAUUGAACGAAACGGCUUUGACACCAUAUGCUGAUGGCACAUUUUGGGGAUUUUCCAUGUUGUGGUAUAAAUUAAAUGCAGAUAUGAAACAGCUCUCCAGUGCCACUAAAUAUUAUUCAAAAUUUCUACGUCAGUUAGGAUGUGGUGGUGAUCUGUAUCCGGGACAAGGUCCUAGUUGUGUUUAUAAUAAGACCCAUAAUGGUUCAUGUUCGGCAGAUUGUAUCAGAGGACUCGAAGAUUCAGGUGCGUACUGCGGUUGCAGUGGUGAAAGAGGUCCACAAUGCCCAAACAGUCCAAAACAUAUUCGAUGUUGCGCGGAUACAUGCGCACAAGAGCUCAAAAUGGAUUUAGGUUUUGUCCUUGAUGCCAGCGGUAGUGUGGGUAUAGAGAAUUAUAGACUCCAGCAAACGUUUACGAAAGAUCUACUUCGUCGAGUGAACGUCGGGCGUCAGAAAACGCAUGUUGGCAUCAUAAACUAUUCUGAUCAAUUUGAGACCUUGUCAUGGCUGAAUGAAGAUUAUGAGCUCAAUGAAAAACUUCGACGAGUAGAUGAUGCGACAUACUUUGGUAGUGGGACGGAUACUGCCCAAGCUCUAAGUCAAGCAAAUAUUGUUUUUUCGUAUGAAAAAGGUCGUCGACGACCGGAAGAAGGUGCAACGCCCGUGAUAUUUUUAAUUACUGAUGGAGUAAGUAAUAAUCGAUCUGCAACUAUUCAAGCUGCCAAUGUUUUAAAACAAAACGAGAUUAUUUUGGUAAGUGUCGGCGUCGGUUCAGGACCAAAUUUAGUAGAAUUGCACGCAGUUUGUACGCCACCUGCAAGUGAAAACUAUUUUGCCAUAUCCAAUUAUCAAGCUUUUGAUAAAAAGCUCAAUCAAUUUACAUCUAAAUCAUGUUCGGAACCCGCUACCAUUUCAUCUAAUACGACUAUUACCAUCGAAAUAUCCAAGAACAAGUAUAAAUUUUUAAAAGUUGAAUUCGUUACGGUUGGGAACAAAAUUUUAAUUACGGCAUGGCUGUCCAAUGGUAAUGUAAAACUGUUUUAUUCGUUUACAACUCGAAACCCGAGAGAUCCAGCUGAGUUUAUUGAUUAUGAAGCAAGCACGCGUGAUUCUAGUCUAUUACGUGGGAUGCAACUCAAGUCUUAUUUUUACCAAACAAUUAAAGGAAGAAACAUAGCAAAAGAUCGUCGUGUAACUUUAGUUAUCGAUAAACCGGAUAGCGAAGUUGAUUUUGUCUAUCUUGGUGUGAAAGGCGUCGAAGAAGACAACACGUUUGAAUUGACAGUUGAAGAUUGUAACAAAGUUACUUGUAAAUCAAAUGCAUUGAUCAUACAACGAAGUCUUUUAUUAAUCGUUCUUUUUGGCUUUUUUCUUCGUUGA